CCAUAGUGUAGGCGUUUCCCUAAAUGCUGGACCCUGACCGACAUACCUUCAGUAACGACCCGCAGGGUUACGACACUCCAAGGUUCAGGUGAUCAACGCACAGGUUUAAAAAAUCAAAAUGAACGACGACACACUCGAAAACAUGAUAUUUCGAGAAUACGACAUGGAGUCAUCAUUUUCUCAGGUCGUCUUUGUUAAUAUCCUGCGCUCGUACCAGAUUAACGUUCCUGUGAAAUGUUGUUACACCUUGACUGGAGGACUAAAACCCAACACUAGAGAUUGGAUUGGCAUUUUCAAGGUUGGCUGGAAGUCAGCACAGAUGUACUACAACUACAAGUGGGUUCAGCCUUCUUUGGAACAGGAUGGGCCUGAGCCCCUUCAGCAAGAAGUUGUUUUUAGUGAGUCCUACCUCCCUAAAGAUGAUGGGGAAUUCUAUCAGUUCUGCUAUGUGGACAGCAGUGGUCAGGUCAGAGGAGCCAGCACUCCUUUCUGCUUCCAGAACCCAGCAGAAGCAAGUCUAGACUGCAGCCUGGAUAAAGACCUUUUAGUGAUCACAACACAGGAGCAAGCAGAGCAGAUGGAGAAAGAGAAAGAGAGCCUCCUAUCUGAGAUGAAACAUCUGAAGGAUGAAAAUAAGAUUCUGAAGAAGGAGCUGGACGAAAGAUUGCACGAGAUUCACCGUCUUAGGAUUCAAAUAGAUAAACUAAAGCUCAGCAGUUUGUCCGAAACACUGCCACCAUCUUCUACUAAUCUCCUCUUCCUGACAUUUCAAAGAAAAUAAUACUAUGUUUCUUAAUUUUCGAACCUAACAUUAUCACAUGUCAAUAAUCUAUUCGACAGUUUGAGGUCUUGCACUCAUUUAUUCUUGGAGAGCAGAAAGUUAUGUAGACUUCCCUUCAGUGUUAAUAACCUAGCAGAAUGGCCUCCCAUGUAUGUUGAUUUGCAGACACAUGUAUUUUUUUCUUUUUUUUUUUUUUCUUUUUUUGCUGUACUACAAUGUAUUCUCUGUAAAACCAAUACUUAUCAAUAACAUUGACUCUGUAAAAGGGGGAAAAAAACACUGGAGUUCUCAGGAAAACCCCAAGUGAGGCAAAUGAUUAAUAUAUGCAUAAUUAUGCCAUGAUGUGAAAAGCUCACUUUCAGAGAUUUACUGUUAGAGAUUUGAGCUUUUUUUUUUUGCUAUUUUUUAUCAUUUUGAGAAUAUUGAAAAUGUAUUGAACAUAUUUCUUGGUGUUACUUUGUUUUGUGAGUUCUUGAAGAGGAUGCUAUUUCAAGAUGAGCUUCCAUAUCACUUCUGUAUAUACACAAACUUACCUUUUAUUGCUUUUGCAUUGGAGUAUCUGCUCCUUAAUUACUACUUGUUGUUAAAUAACAUGAUGUACAUGUUUUCCUUUUCAAUUGAUGUCAUAAAUCUGUAUUUAGGGCUAUAGUGUGGCCUGCACCCUAGAAUUGCAGUUACAAUUGUUCGUGACUAACUUUAAGAAAAAUAUACUGAGAAAGGUGCUGCAGGUGAUUAAUUUGGGCUUUGUCUCAAAUAAGCCAGGUGCCUUUUGCUUUAGC